CAGAAACACUGGGUCAGGGAAGGGGGUGGGGGUAGGGCUAGGUAAACAGACCAAAGGUGAACGGGGCCUGCAGGCUGUGGUCUAACCUCCUGUUAGAAGGGAACAUGGACUUACUAAGGCUGAGUCUCUUGCUGGCAAUGGUGUUGCAACAAGUGGGUGGAGGCCCAUGGCCAUCGGCCGUAUUUGGACGCCUCACGUCCCCCGGCUUCCCCGAGGUGUACCCCAACAAUGAGGAGCAGAGCUGGAACUUGACAGCCCCCCCUGGCUACCGAAUCCGUCUCUACUUCACCCACUUCAAUCUGGAGCUGUCCUAUCUCUGUGAAUAUGACUUUGUGAAGCUCUACUCUGGGGACAAGCUGCUGGUCACGCUGUGUGGGCAAGAGAGCACAGACACAGAGCAGGCGCCUGGCAACCACACGUUUCACUCAGUGGGCAGCAACCUCCACGUUGCCUUCCGCUCUGAUUAUUCCAAUGAGAAAGACUUCACCGGCUUUGAGGCUUUCUACGCAGCUGAGGACAUCGAUGAGUGUGAGGUGCCACAUGGAUCAGACCCCAUCUGUGAUCACUACUGUCACAAUUACCUGGGCGGCUUCUACUGCUCCUGCCGAGCAGGCUUCAAGCUCCACAAAGACAAGCGGACUUGCUCCGCCCAGUGCUCAGGCCAGGUCUUCACGGAGAGAUCUGCAGUAAUUAUGAGUCCCGACUACCCCCAGGCCUACCCCAAACUCUCCAGCUGCAGCUACAGCAUCCAGGUAGAAGAUGGAUUCAGCGUCAUCCUGGAAUUCGAGGGCUCCUUUGAUGUGGAAGCUCACCCAGAGACCCCGUGUCCCUAUGAUGUCCUCAAGAUUAAAACAGAUAAGGAGGAAUACGGUCCAUUCUGUGGACAGACCUCGCCCCCCAAAAUUAACACCAGAAGUCACACCGUGAACAUCACCUUCAUCACUGAUGACUCAGGAGACCAUACUGGGUGGAAGAUCCGAUACCUGACCACGGCUCAGCCAUGUCCUAAUCCAAUACCGCCACCUCAUGGCCGCAUUGCACCAGUGCAACCGAAAUACACCAUGAAAGACCACUUCUCUCUCUCUUGUGAGACUGGAUACGCCCUUUCCAAAGAUGAAAAAUUUUUGGCGUCUUUUACUGCAGUCUGUCAGAAAGGUGGAACCUGGGACAAAACAAUGCCAAAAUGCAGCAUUGUUGACUGUGGUCCUCCUAAUGAUCUACCCAAUGGCCAAGUGACAUACAUCACAGAAGGUGAAGUGACCACAUACAAAGCUGAGAUUCAAUAUAGCUGCAAGGGCCCCUUCUACACUAUGAAAAUGAAUAAUGAUGGUAAAUAUCGGUGUGGGGCUGAUGGCUUCUGGAAGAGAUCCAAGGGAGAAAAUUCACUCCCAGUCUGUAAGCCUGUUUGUGGCACAGCUUCUCAGAGAAUGGAGCGAGUACUUGGAGGAAGAAAGGCCAAGCUUGGUGAAUUUCCCUGGCAAGUCAUGUUGCUUGGUGAAGCUCUAGCUGGAGGUGCACUUUUAUACGACAAUUGGGUUCUUACAGCUGCUCAUGCCAUCUAUCAGCAAAGAGAUCUAUCAUCUCUGGAAAUCAGGAUGGGUGUUCUGAAGAGAUUAUCCACCAGUUAUACAAAAGCCUGGGCAGACGCAGUCUUUAUACAUGAGGGUUACACAUAUGAUGAGGCCAACUUUGACAAUGACAUCGCACUGAUUAAGUUGAAGAAUCAUGUUGAAAUCAACAGUAAUAUCACACCAAUUUGCUUGCCAAGAAAAAAUGGAACCCAUGUGAAAGCAAAUGAUUUGGGAGUGGUGUCUGGCUGGGGAAGGACUGAAAAAGCUUUUAGAGCCCGGAGUCUAAUGUAUGUUGAAUUGCCAGUCGUUGACCAACAAACAUGCAUGGCUGCAUUAGAAAAUAAGAAGUCCCCAGGAGGCAAACCUCUUGUCCUAACUGACAACAUGAUAUGUGCUGGUUUUCAAAGUGGUGGAAAGGAUUCUUGUUCUGGUGACAGUGGAGGACCCUUAGUGUUUCUAGACCAUGAGACCCAAAAAUGGUUUGUAGGAGGAAUUGUGUCCUGGGGCUUAGGAUGUGGUGAGGCAAAUCAGUAUGGAGUUUAUACCAAUGUCGUUAACUAUAUUUCCUGGAUUGAGAACAUAAUUUUAAAUAAUUCUUAAAAUUGCAGAAACUACAUGAUCUUUGGGCAGGUAGGUGGGAGAGUGGAUAAAGCACCGGCCCUGAAUUCAGGAGGACCUGAGUUCAAAUCCUGCCUCAGACACUUGACACUUACUAGUUGUGUGACCCUAGGCAAGUCACUUAAUCCUCACUGCCUAGCAAAAAAAUAAAUAAAAUCACAGAAACCUCCAAUAAACUUCUCCCUUAAUGAGCAAUACUUUUCCAGCAAUCUGUAUUCUAAGUAUCCAACAAAGUAGCCUAAAUUUGGAAUAUCAACAUGAAAACCAAACUGUUUUAAAAAAAUGAAAACAUUCUAAGAUGAGGUUUCUGAAAACUUCAUGCACAAAACUGUAUCUGUAAUAGCCCAGAUGAACCUUACUAUCUUCAAAGUAGUAAGUCUGCUCUGAAGAGGAACUAUAUUCAGAGUUGCUUUUCUAAUGCUGAGCAGGAUUCCCUUCCUUCCAUCCACUUUUCAACUGCAGUCAUUUCUCUGCAUCUAUGCCAGCAUUUGUAAUAUGAUGUAUAUCUAGGUAUAUUCUUGUACUAUUGUUCCUAAGAACCAAAACGAGACUGUGAAGAUGCUCUGUUGCUGCAACAUACUAAAUAAAUGUAAAUAAUCAAUUCUAAGGUAUAGCAAUCCGGGAA